AUGAGACUCCUCAACACCAAAACAUUAGAGCUAUCCGCCUUCCACCAAGACCGGCCCCCCUACGCCAUCCUAAGCCACACCUGGACCGACGACGAAGCGCCUCUAGAGGCCUUCGUCCGGCGCGCCCGCCUCUCGCGCCCCAUCGCGCGCCUCCGAAAGCGCCGGUACGCCAAGGUGCGCCGGGCGUGCAAGCUGGCGCGCUCGAACGGGCUCAACUGGAUCUGGAUCGACACGUGCUGCAUCGACAAGGCCAGCAGCGCCGAGCUGACCGAGGCCAUCAACUCCAUGUACGCCUGGUACGCGGCCGCCGAGGUGUGCUACGCGUACCUGAGCGACGUGCCCAGCGAUGACGACCCGCUGGUCGAGAAGUCCGGCUUCGCGCGCAGCCGCUGGUUCCGCCGCGGCUGGACGCUGCAGGAGAUGAUCGCCCCGCGCGCCGUCGAGUUCUAUAGCAACGACUGGGUGAGCAUUGGCUCCAAGUGGGAGCUUGCGAGCACCAUCGAGAGGAUCACAGGGGUUCAUGGGACCAUUCUGAAGGAGCCAUACUUUGCUGGCACGGCGCAGCACAACUGGAGCGUUGCGCAGCGCAUGUCUUGGGCUGCCAACCGGCAGACGACGCGCCCGGAGGACCUGGCAUAUUCGCUGCUGGGUCUCUUCAGUGUCCAUAUGCCCCUCCUGUACGGCGAGGGUGCUCGAAACGCCUUUUUGAGGCUGCAAGGAGAGAUUGCCGAAGUGACGAACGACCAGUCGCUUUUUGCAUACGGCAAUUGGCCUCUCUCGUACAAGGGCAUAGCGGAGGAUGAUCUCAUCGUUGGGGGUUCCCUAUACGCAGGCUCCCCCUCCCGAUUCGCUUUGUGCAAGGACGUCGUCCCUGUCAGGCGACACGACGGUGGCCUGCCAUGGACAUCGGAAUUCUCACUCCACAACGACGGAUACCUACGGAUCCGGCUGCGGGUCUGCGAGAACAAGUCGAGACCAGAUAUGCGGGAGAGUCAUAUCGCGUUCCUCGAGUGCGAGCUGAGUCGGGACCCAGACCAGGUAGUUGGGUUUUUCGUGCACAACUACGACAGGGUCGACGGCAUGCCGACGGACGUGCAUGUCUACAAGCGUGAGUUCGCGACGUUGGCCAAGUUCCCUCGGCAUAUGGCUAUGGAGGCACCUUUGCGCGACGUUUUCCUGUCUUCGGUAUAUUGA